AACAGAAAUAACAGAAACAUGCAAAACGCACAGAUAGAAAGAGAGGUGGCUUCCAGCCCCAGGAGCGCCGAAGGAAGACGAAAGAGGAUCGCCGAGAGAGGUUCUGAUCGUAUGGCCUUGAUUACAGGUCAGAUCCAAACCCUUCCUCCGUUACCGCCACCGCCACCGCCCACUCCGUCGCCGCGAUCGUCGCCUCGUUUCCAUCUCCCUCCUCGUCACCUUCGCCCCGAAUCUUUACCCGUUGAAUUGUCUCAAGAAUUCCACCCUGAUCUCAGAAAUACUCACUCUUUUUCUAUCCCAGCUAGUGAAGAAGCCAAAGAAGGCUCUAGAUUUUCUUCAAGGCUGAGACACCAGUCUGGAUUCAAGAUUCCAAAGCAAAAGAACUUCGAGGUCACAAGUGAAGAGGAAUCUCUACUCCAGGAUUCUAAUAAUGCUUAUGCAGAAGCCACCAAACAUCAAGUUGAUUCUGUGAAUGAUGAUUCCAACAUGAAAUCAACUCUAGACACACUAUCACAUCUAAAUGCUGCCGCUUCUUCUGAUGAUGAGGAUAAUUCCAAUCCUUCUGGUUAUUCUAGUAGGCAAAAUCUGGGUGGAAUUAAGUUUUCAAAAAGAAGCAAUUUCCAUAUCAGAACUAAAGUUAAGCCCCUUACACAGGAUUCUGAUAUUAUUCAUGAAGAAGAGAAAGAACAAGAGGUCGUGAAAUCAUCUUCAGCCACUCCAAGAGCUCAAAAUAAACCAUCUGAUGGCAAAAAGAAGAACCAAAAACCUGUCAGCUUCAACCCCACUCUCUUCUCUUCAAGAGAAAUAAAUUCUAGCAUCAUUGCUUCUGAGACAUUCCGCGCUUUCUGUGCUCUGAUCAUAGCAGUGCUAGUAGUCUUGUGCUAUAUGAUCUCUGAGGAAAUUGCAGCUAUAAGGCCUCUUUUUAUUGUUUUAUUAAACGAUGUAACAAUUGUGCUUGCUCGAGUGCACAUGGAGAAGAUAAGAGCAUCAGAGGAAGAAGAAGGGGGAGAAAAAGUUGAAGCUAAUAAUGAACUUGGGCAUGAUUGGACUGGAGUUAAACUUUUGGAGAGAGGUUUGGUGGCUUACCAGGCCAUUAGAGGUAUUUUUAUUGACUGCAGCGUUUAUUUAGUGAUUGUCAUUUCUUGUGUAUCCUUGAUGAAGUAGUUCUGGAUGCUUUAGUUAGGUUCUUGAAAGCCCCCCCCCCCCCAAAACAACAACAACAAAAUUUCUCGUACAAGCAAGUGCUUAUAACAAGUUUGUGGUAAAUUUUUUAUUUGUUCUUAGGAUUUUCGGGACAAAAUAAUUUGACUCUAUUUUGUAACGUGCUACAAUGUUAUUGCUGAGAUCUACCAAAUGUAUUUGUUCAUCUCUCAAAGAGACUGUGAACCUAAGCUUCUGUAAUCUAAUGCCCAAAUGAUCACACAUGUGGACAGAGGAUAUAAGGGCUGAAGUAUGGACACCUAAUAGUAAAAGCAUGUUUUGGAACCAAUACAUAUGAUAAAGGACAGAGUUAGCGCUCAGCACUAACCCUGAAGAUGUAAAGCUUCGUUGAUCUCAUAUAACGGUCAGGGAUUAUAGCGAGCAGUUGCUCUCAACUACUUUUGGUAAAUCAAGCAAGGAUUGCCAGCAUCUGGUAUUAUCCAAUCCAAAAAAAAAAAAAGGUAAGCUUUCACUUCAGUGGAGAUAGAAAGUCGUUUAUCAAUUCCCAAUGUGACACACUAGAAGAAGGCUGUCCAUGUUCUAUAUCUUGAUUCGGAAAUAUCACUUUCAGAAGUACGGAUACAUAAGCUCUCGCUUUCAGAUCAGAUGUGUGAGAAGUUUAAUUACAAAGCAUCAGACUAAUGUCCAAUCUUGAUCCAACUAGUGAUCGCCUGAGGGACGACCUGACUGAGAAUGGGUGAUACUCCGCUAACUUUCACAGAUUGAAAGAAAAAGUUUUUCCAAGGGUGUUCUAUUUAGAUCAAAUCUCCACUGC